AAGGUUGGGCUUACAAUUAAAAAAAUAAAACACGAAGACAACUUUUUCUCUGAAACUCUUCUCCCUGCUAUCGUUCUAUUCUCUGAAACUCUUCCUCCCUGUUAUCAUUCUAUUCUCCAGCUGCCAAACGAAAAACCCUAAUCGAACCCUAAUCGAACCCACGGCCGCGAAUUUCCUCUUUCUUCUCUCACGUAAAUCGCUUCUAAAUUGCUUCUUCUCUCACGAAAUCACUGCUGAAUCGCACGAAAAUCGCUUAUUUCGAAUCGCUUUUGGGUUAUAUCUUGUUCGACAUUAGAGGAGGAAACUUCUGCUAUCAAGGCAGCAGGAAAACCAAGGUUAUCGCUCAUUAUCAUUGUUGGCAGUUUUUCUCUUCCAGUUGCUUCACUACUCUUCGAUUGUGUAUUUCAUCUUUGUUUGUGAAUCCCAAGUCAAGAUUAUCUACAAACACUUGUGUGUCUUUGAGGUUAAUUAGAUGGAUAGUAACGAGGAUCAACCACAUGAUGAUGAUAUUGAUGAUGGAGAUCAUGAGAACAUUGUUGAUCAGGAAGCGGAAAUUAGAAGAGGAAUAACACUUAUGAAGAAAGUCAUUCGGAAUAGAGACCAAGGCAUACUAUUAGAUGCGCAUUGGAGCGAAAGUGGCCUACUAAUUGAGCCUAACGGUUCAAAGAUUACAAGUUUUAUUGGUGCACUCGUAAGGAAUGCAAUUCCAAUUACUUGUGAUGAUUGGAGAGAUACAAAUUUGGAAGAAGCUAAAGACAAACUUUGGAUUGAGAUACAGAGGAGUUUCAACAACAUGGAGGAUAAUAGAAGAAAAAUUUGUCUCAAGUUGGUCGGAAGACUAUUAAGAGGGUUUAGGACUUUUUUAACUAGGAGAUAUCUUAGGGAUGCGAAUAAAAUUUUUGUUGAUGCAGAGUAUCCAAAAAUAUAUAGCAGUUUGAUUGCACCUGAAGAAUGGGAAACGUUUAAAGCAAAACGAAAAAACCCAAAAUUUCGGAGUAGAAGUGAAACAAAUCGGCAAAGAGCAUCAGGUCCCCCAUAUCCAUACAGAAAAGGGCGUAUGGGAUAUGGACGCUUAGAACAGUCUAUUUUAACAAGGGAGAGUAGUUCUGAAACAUCUGUUCCACCACAUGUUUUGUGGAAGGAAGCCCGUGUGGGAAAGGAUGAAGUUGUCAAAGAAGAUGUUCAAAAAGUUUUUGAAAAAUGCGAGAGUCUAUCUCAGUCUAUAUCUCCAGAUGAAGGCAAUGAUUGCAGGAGCAUACUUAGCCGUGCAUUAGAUGUUCCUGAAUAUUCUGGUCGGGUGAGGGGUAAGGGAUUUGGAAUCACUCCAACAUCCUUGAAGAUGAAAAAACAGAAGGCUCCUAGCAAUAGAGAACUGCAGGAAACCAUGUAUGCACUACAAGCUGAAGUCCGCGAAUUGAAAAGGGAAAAAGAAUUAAGAGAGCAAACUUCAGGUUGUAAAAUGUAA